CAGCAGCAGCAGCAGCAGCAGCAGCAGCCGCCGUGAGGACGACACGCUCUGCAGUCAAGAUGAGUGCUGGGGAUGUGGUCUGCACCGGCUGGCUCAUCAAAUCCCCCCCGGAGAAGAAACUGAAGAGAUUUGCGUGGAGGAAACGCUGGUUUGUGCUUCGCAGAGGUCGGAUGAGCGGUAAUCCUGACGUGCUGGAGUACUACCAAAGCAAGAACUCCAAGAAGCCAAUCCGCACCAUCGACCUGAGAGAGUGUGAGGUCGAAAUGCUCAACGGACAACUCAGGAUAAAGAGAGACUUCCAUGGGAAGCACCUCUUUGUGGUGAAGACCUCAUCUCGCAUUUUUUACCUGGUGGCCAAGACUGAGGAGGAGAUGAACAGCUGGAUCAGUAGCAUCAGUCAGAUAUGUCAGUUUGGGAGCCUGGAGGAUGCAGAGAGCUCAGAAGAAGGCUUUCCUCACACCCCCACCUCCCUGCAGAGAUCACCUGACAGCUCUGACCGAGUGUCUGUAUCAAGCCAACCAGACUCCAGUCAUCCCCUGGACUACCUCUUUCUGUCACAGUGUGAGACAGGGACUGCAAGCACUAGUAGACAUGACAGCUUUUCAAACUCUGAGAUCUCUCUGGAGCAGAAGUCCUCAGACGAUGCGGUCAAGGACAUUGUCCCCUCACCUCUGUACACCGAUUCCUCUCCAUCCCUCUCUCACGCAAGCCCCAGCCCUUCUCUGUUCCCCCAUGGAAAGCUGACUAACCCUCCUUUCAGCGCCCCAUGCACCUCCAUGGCUCUACCGUCAUCCUCUUCCUCUCCUCUACGUCACUCUGCCACAAGUGUCUUCCAGUUUGACAAACCAUAUUCUUCUGCAUCGUUUGAGGCGACGAACGACAGACAAACACCUCCUCCGCUGCCACCCAAGCCAAAUCACCUGUCAGAGCAGCUCAGUGAUGAGGGGGCUCACAAGCAGAGGGCGAUGAGUGUACGCCAUUUCUCAAGUCACGCUGCACUCUUUCCCCGGAGGACGUCUUUGUCGAGCCUGGACCAUUUCAGAAUGGGAGAUGCUGAAAGCAGGUUGAUGAGGAACAGAAGGCAGAGUCUCAAUUUGCAGCCUUGUUUAAAUACCACACAGGUUCAAAGUUACCAGGAUGAGUCAUAUGUCCCUAUGGCUUCUCCCUCUGCCUCUGUUUCCACGUUUGAAUGUGAUGGUUACAUCCCCAUGAGCCCCAGGACUUUCUCUUUCCUCAACCCACACUGUAAUGUAGAACCCUCCACGUCGCUCAGCUCACUGAUGUGUCAGUCUGGAGAUCUCGCGCCACCUCCAGUUCACCGGCACCUGAAGCCUCGCUUGAGGAGGGCUCGACCUCCGCCUCUAGACUUGAGAGGCCUUUCUACCAUCACAGAGUGUCCCACUCAUCUUCCUCUGAGCAGAGCAAUGGCCGAAUCAUGCUUUUCAGUGAAUUGUUUACUUCUUGAGAGAAAACUUGACAAUGGGUACAUUCCAAGAGAUGAAGACACAAUGGAGUCAAGGCAACAGUUCCAUCACACCUCUGAUGGAGUGGUUCAACCCUGGGCGAAAAAAUCAAACCUUGAUUAUUUGUCCCUGGAUUUCAACUCUGCAUCCCCCUCUCCUGUGCAGAAGAAGCCUUUUCUGUCUGAUGAGCACAAAGUGGAUUACGUUCAGGUGGAUGAGAAGAAGACUCAGGCACUACAAAACACCAAAAUGGAGUGGACAGAUGUGCGGCAGUCAAAGGCAUAAAUGAAAAAUACAUCAGGAACACUUGGUUUCAAGAAGAUCAGCAAUAACACCAGCAAAGAGGACAUUAAUGAAGAGGACCAAAAACAUUUCAAAAGCACUUUGAAAAACAGCAUUGACAUUAAAAUGUACAAGAGUAAAUAAUAAGCAGUUAGAGACUUGUUAUAGAGGAAACACAAAGUUUCACUGUAAAACUAAGUUAAGCCUCAGUAGAUCUGUAAAUACUGCCUGAUCAUGCACUCAUUUUUACUGUAGCAUAAGGUUUGACCAAAUUUUGAAAAGAGCAUCACAUUGCCUCAUUGUAAAGGAAUCUUGCUGUAAAUGUAUGUAUUAUAAUUGUAAAUUUAAAGAAGAAAAAUAUUUUAAUGAUAAAAAGUUUUUAAAAUC